AUGAACUUAUACGUCGAUAUCAUUAAGUUAUCGAUACUUCAAAUCAACAUCAUGAAGAAAAGAUGGCGCCUAUAUGGCUAUCGCCGGUCCUACUGCCAUGAGCCGUCUCCUCGGUCUUUCUCCUUUGGUUCUACCCUUCCAGUUGGCAACCAUGCCAUCUAUACACGAACCCGUCCAUAUAAUCUCUCGGCUAGAUCCCUACUACGAGCCAGGCUCGAUGCAUCUCAACCGCAGUCGGCAUAUAUCGCUUCUCCAUCGGUUUCAUAUCGGAAGGGAGCCAGCUUCUUUAACUCUCGGCUCGAUCCAUACCACGAGCCAUCUCUCGGCUGCUGGAAGACGGCCACACAGGAAUACUAG